AAAACUUGACACGGAUUUUCUAUAUUGCGGUAUUUUGGGAUUAUGUAAUAAAAAGAAAAAUAACUUUAUACGUUUGUAAUUUGAAGCUCCGUAUCACAUGUUGGGGAAUUAAAGUUAAGAUAUCAUCGGGGCAUUCGGAAGGUUAAAACGACGAAAAUUAAGCCAUUGAAUCCGAUUUAACUAAGAUGCGGUUACAUAGAUGGUAUCUUAAUUUCUAAGUAAGUGCUAACUAAGUGUGAUCCCAAGUUUCAUGAAUUAGGGCUUUGAGAAUUUUAGCUUUUGUCUCGUUUUUUGAUAAGUAAGGUUUUUUUGCGUGGACUAGAAUUCCAUAAAACAAUAAAACCAAAAUUGUUCCGUAUCAAUUGUAAACGUAUGCAUUUUGUAACUAAGCGGUAAGAUGUAGGUCGGAGCACUGCCGGUUUGCCGGCCUGUCUUUCUGGCUGCUUGUCCGCUUGUCCGCUUGCAGACCCGCGGGUAGGUUGCCAUUGGUGACAGGAUGAGGAUUUGAGGUGCCUCGAAGUCACUCCAACUCACUCGAUCCUAUGUGGUCUUCUGCCCCAGCGCUUACCUGUCCCUGAGCAUGUGCAACUGGUCUGGUCUGGGCCAACCACUUCACAGGUACGCACUGGGCUUGCCGGAUGGGCCUUAUCCUCGAUCGAAAAGGUGAGUGAAGAGAGGAAUGAACGAGGCCUUUCUCUUGCUGACGUCCUCUAUUUGGAACAUGCCGCAUCAUGUUUUGGACGGAAUGGAAAGAGAUGGCCGUGUGCAUGAGGUGAACUCCGAUGAACCAUCGAUCUUAAGAUGAUGUCCUUUGGAAAGUGAAGCAAACACCGGAGGCGUUUGAAGCUAGUGAGAUUAUCGACCAAGUCUGAUUUACUUUUCUUGUCCAUUUGAUGAUGCUUUGAUGCCAAUCGGUGUUCCGAACAUCCAUCAGGGAAGUGAAGAGUGCGUGCCCUCCGAUCUAAAAUAGAGUGCCGUAAAAAGGUGCCAUUGAAAGACUGACCAGGGUAUCAGGGGUUCCCGGGCGGGCAACAUUCGCGACUACGGGGUCGCCUCCGCCAAUGGGGGUCGCCCCUGUUUUCGUCAUCUUAACUCCACUCGCUUGAGCAUCUCCAUUUGUGACCUUGCAACCCAGCGAGCCUUCCCUCCUGGCUUCCUCUAUCUGCUAUCUACCUAUCAACGUGGGUGACGUUGUUGAACUUGGUCCAUGAGCCCGCACUCACUCUGAGGCAAAAGUGGAUAGACGGAGGGUUGGUGGAGUGGCAUAGAGAUGAUGGUGGACAGCACAAGUGUCAUAUUUCCUGAAGCCAAUCAAAGAUCAACUUGCCAGGAGAGAGAGGCAUCAUUGUGGGAAAGCGGUGUUGUUGAGAACCCAAUCCAUUUGCCUUUGAACCUUCGAACGAACUCAAAGUGAUCUACUCCACGGGAUUGACUUGGAUUUUUUUUUAGCCCACUCCAAGCUCGACUUUUCGCCGCAUGAACCGUCAAUCUGAUUCAACCAUGAGAUACUUUGGCUCCUCCUACUUUUUGGGCGCACUCCUUUUGGCCUUACUUCUUUUGAGCGUGCGGCAUAUUUCCGUCACCGGGCAGAACAGCGAUCUGCAAGCGCGAUUCGAGACCAUGGAAACCCAGAUGAAAACGGACAAAUUCAAUCUUCAAACCAUGGAGGCAACCUUGAGUCAAAAGAAUGAGGAAAUUGAAAAACUUCGGACUGAGAAAUCCCAGUUCGAUGAGCGCAUUAAUGCUAAGGACCAAGAGAUCCAAGCCGCAAGUAACAACUGCAACGACCUGGAAAAAUCCAAGGUGGAUGCGGAUGAACAAGUGGCAGAUCUAUUAGAGAAGCUCCGACAAUGUGAAACGUCCAAAGAAAGUUCCGCCGCCGAUCUCAAUGCCACUUUGGAGGCGAAAAACAAAGCAAUUCAGGAUCUGACUGCUCGAUUGGAAAAGCUAAAUCCCGAGCCACAGCAACCCAAGAUGUCCCGUUUCACUGGCUUUCACGGUCGUGGCUCUGUUCAGAUGGCUCCAUCUCCUGGCCAGCUUCCAUUAGUUGAUCCUAGGGCCGUCGUCGUUAAAGAAAAGGCUAACAAAGUAGGUAUGACAUUUCAUAAGGAUGAUUUUGGCCGAUAUCUUCCAAUUCUUCCCAAAGCUCCCCGAGGCACACUCCGGAAAUCACCCAGGUUUAGCGUGGUCAAUAUGAAAUCCGAAGACGUAUUCAAGAAUCGAAAGAUGGACGACCUCAAGGAUGCGAUUGUCACGACUCGAAAGUCCAAUUUCAGUGAAGCUUUUUCAAGUAACGCGACGACGGCCGACUCCAGGCUUUUGGACAUUACUUCUACGACCAAGUAUCUGGGCGAGAGUCUCAUCGAUGCUGAGCAGGAUAUUACGAAUGGAGCAGAGCUUCGGGAAUACACAUCCAAUCUAAAGCCAACCGGAGAGAAGAAUAGUUCAGUCACCAUCGACACGAACCGACCGAAUGUGGAAAUUGAUUUACAUUCUCCCUCAAUGGCUAAUCCAGAGACGAAUCCAUCCUCAGACCGUAACAACUCAACAUGGGAGGGACCCACGCUAAGAGGCAGGGUCCACCCAGGAUCAUCCCACCCGGCUCAAGGCCCUAGGACUACUAGAGUUGGGAUAGAUCAUCUACCAAUGGAGGGAGAAAAGACUGAAAAUUAGCGUCGACGGACGGACGACUGUGAUGUCGAUUCGAGGACAAUUUUUGAGGCUGAAUGCGGCCCAACCAUCCACAAUUUUCUCAAAUUACAGUGUGCGAUCAGUCAUUUGUUUUCGCAUUUCGGGCCCUUCUGAGGAGUGGACUAGCUGGGACAUUCCUGGUUUCUUUUACUCAGACCCUGAUCACGGGGUCGAUGCAGGGUUCGCAAUCGUCAAAAUAAAGACCGAUACCAAUCAA